UGUGUGAGGGGGAGGAGGGCUUUCUGUCUGCUGCUCGUGUGGCUUUCUGCCGGCUGCUCGUGUGGCUUUCUGCCGGCUGCUCGUGUGGCUUUCUGCGGCUGCUCGUGUGGCUUUCUGCCGGCUGCUCGUGUGGCUUUCUGCCGGCUGCUCGUGUGGCUUUCUGCCGGCUGCUCGUGUGGCUUUCUGCCGGCUGCUCGUGUGGCUUUCUGCCGGCUGCUCGUGUGGCUUUCUGCCAGCUGCUCGUGUGGCUGUGGAUUUCUGCCGGCAGUUUGCAAUAACACCUUAGUGUAUAUCGACGUUCCGUAAGGAAAUGGAUGGACCCACAGACUGUAGUAUAUCUAUUCCUGAUAUAUCUGAAACCAAGCCAGAGUCGUUGAAACCAGAAAUGCCGCCAGAGAGCAAACAACGAUCAGAGAUUGUAUUGGUGCCCCAUGAAGACUCUAAUGACAAUCUAAUGUUAUCAAAGGAAUCCAUCGAGGACACUAAGGGAUUCGAGGAAUUGGUUGGAGGACUUGAUGGGUUGAAGGGAGCAGAAACUGAGUCUCCUAGGGCUGGAGAAGAGGCGAACGUCUCUCUCCCAGCGUCAGUGUGUGAAGCAGAGUCGAGGGAGAUUUUGGUGGAACCUGGAGAGUGGGUACGGCCUCUGGGCAACCUGGAGGCCUUCAUGGCUUUAGGAGGAACCUACGGCACCCUCAACACUGUACAAGGAGUCUGGCUCUCUUCCACACAUCCCAUCCUUCCUGAGGACGUCAGGUUCGCGCUCACUCAGGUCGCUCGACAGACACAUGUGCUGCAGUUGUGUGUUGUCAAACGGAGACUGUGGCCUUGGUUCCGGCGGAUGAAACACCUCCUUGUUCCCUUCAAGGUAGAGCUGGACGAUGUCAUGACUGUCUACUACAAGAUCCAGAAGUUGCCCUACAACAUGGCUGAGGGACCACUGUGGAGGGCACGGUUGGUACCCCUACGUCCUCUGUCACCAACAGGUCGCUAUGAAGCCGUCCUGGUCAUCUCUGCUCACCACUGCAUUACUGACGGUCUUACAAACAUGGUGCUGUGUCGUGACACACUAGAGGUGCUCAACGCCAUCAUGAGCGGACGUCAGUACACUGUCACUCCCAGACUCGUCAUUCCAUUCCUUGCCGAGGAAGAAACCACCACACAAGAUUGGUGGUAUGCAUUCAAGUACUUCUGCACCAAACUUUACGGUUCAUUGUUUACAGACUAUAGUAAGAAAUUAUACUUCAAUGGAGCUCUGAAACAACCUGCAACCAAAGUUGCUCUCACGAAGAUUUUGUGCGAGAGGUAUACUGUGGAGGCAACGCAGCAGCUUUUCUCGCGGUGCAAAGAAGCUAAAGUUACUGUACAUGCUUGUAUCCUAGCAGUGGCUAGUCUGGCCAUAUUAAGGGUGGCGCAGCAGAACUCGCCGGAGAAGUUAGAUUCUGCACUCAUUAACGGAGUGAACUGCGUCAAUAUGCGUCGUUACUACCCUCGUGCUUACAAGGAGUCGCCUGGAUGCCACAUUUCCCUGGAAGAACGAGAAGUCCUCAUCCAUAGUAGCGACGCCAGCAGCAAGGAAAACUUCUGGCGUCUAGCAAAAUUCAUGCAUGACGACCUGAAGAAGAGUCUCAACGUGGACAAGACCCCAAUAAGAAACUGUCCAUUCUUCCGGCCGUCCACCCUCAUGCUGCACAUCAACCACGGGUUAACACGUAAGGGCUACAGGCACCGCACUGACAGCCACUUCGUCACCACAAACAUGGGGGACCUCUGGGACUUGCUACCGGGAAAAUACGGUGACGGGCCGGUGGAGAUUACCCACCUUCUGAGGUCUGUAUCGAGCGAACUAACGGGUAACCCCUUCACCCUGGUUUUCCAUACCUUCCUGCAGCACUUUAUGAUAUCAGUGGACUACUACACCACCAAGGUGACUGAUGAGGUUGCAGCACUCUUCUUCUCCACACUCACUAGCUACAUCUCAAACAUAGCCACCCACGGCACAGUCUUGGUAGACAAUAACAAGGUCGACCACGACCCAGUUAUGGAAGACAAUAAUAACAUAGUAGCGUAGCAACCGCGCCGACAACACCGGUGCAUAAAGAAGCAAAUCUCAUUUAGGAAAUUGCCGCCAUUUUCAUUACAUCUUACGUGGUAAAAAUGGCAGGACUUUGAUGAACCCUACAAUAUUUUUCUUGAAGGAAAUAAAAAGGUUUCGAUGCGCAAAAUCUGAAGAGAAAUUGCAAAUUGUAAUUCAUAAUCAAAAUAGUUCAAUGGGUGUAAAACUUUUAAGCUUUUUAUUGAAUAACAUUAAGUCUAGAGCAAGUGUUUACCAAGAGACUGAAGCAUAAGAUUUUCUCUCUUCUUGUUUCAAAGAUUGUUUUAAUCCAAUACAGGCUUGUACUUGUUUUGAUCCUGUAGACAAUUCCACGUUUGUUAUUGUUUGUCAAGAGUAUUAGUUAUUGAAGUUAGAGUAUUAUUGAAGUUUACAGAUUAUUAAUUUUAAAAACUUACUUUACAAAGUAUUAGUUGUAUAAGAUUAAUUUGCAAAGUAUUAGCUUUAAAAGUUUCUUAUAUAAGUUCUACUUGUUAUACGGAAAUAAAGAUAAUUCUAACAUU